AUGUUGAUAUGCUUCCUUAACGCAGCAAAAAGAAAAGAAAAGAAAAAUAGUCAAGUACCCUGUGUGGUCCACCCCUUUUUAUCUUCACAACAACAACCCUGCGAGACCCACGUUAAUCACCAAGGUAAAGAUGAACCCAGCAGCUACACGUGUACGACAUGUAAACAGCCAUUCAACAGCGCCUGGUUUCUCUUGCAACAUGCACAGAACACCCAUGGAUUAAGAAUCUACUUAGAAAGCGAGCAUGGAAGCCCCCUGACACCGCGGGUUGGUAUCCCAUCAGGACUAGGUGCUGAAUGUCCUUCACAGCCACCACUCCACGGGAUUCACAUUGCAGACAAUAAUCCCUUUAACCUACUCAGAAUACCCGGAUCGGUCGCGAGAGAAGCAUCGGGUCUUGGAGAAGGGCGCUUCCCUCCCACACCACCAUUGUUUAGUCCCCCUCCAAGGCAUCACUUGGAUCCACAUCGCAUAGAACGCCUGGGUGCCGAAGAAAUGGCUCUUGCAACCCAUCACCCCAGUGCCUUCGACAGGGUGCUGCGACUCAACCCCAUGGCCAUGGAGCCCCCAGCUAUGGAUUUCUCCAGGCGGCUUCGGGAGUUAGCUGGAAACACCUCUAGUCCACCAUUGUCACCGAACCGGCCCAGUCCUAUGCAAAGGUUACUGCAACCAUUCCAGCCGGGCAGCAAGCCGCCAUUUCUGGCCACACCUCCUCUUCCUCCUCUUCAGUCUGCUCCUCCCCCUUCCCAGCCCCCUGUCAAAUCCAAGUCCUGUGAAUUUUGUGGGAAAACAUUCAAGUUCCAGAGCAACUUGGUUGUCCACCGCAGGAGCCACACUGGGGAGAAACCUUACAAGUGUAACCUUUGCGACCACGCAUGCACUCAAGCGAGCAAGCUAAAGCGCCACAUGAAAACCCAUAUGCACAAAUCCUCCCCAAUGACAGUGAAGUCUGAUGAUGGUCUCUCCACAGCCAGUUCCCCUGAACCUGGAACCAGCGACCUUGUCGGCAGUGCUAGCAGUGCCCUCAAAUCUGUAGUGGCCAAAUUUAAGAGUGAGAACGAUUCCAAUAUGAUUCCGGAAAACGGGGAUGAAGAAGAGGAGGAGGAGGAGGAGGAGGAAGAAGAGGAGGAGGAGGAGGAAGAAGAAGAUUUGACUGAGAACGAAAGGCCAGACUAUGGGUUUGGCAUUAAUCUAGAAGCAGCGCGUCACCAUGAAAAUAACUCCCGAUCUGUUGAUGAGAAUCGUUCUAUGCCGGAUGUCAUGCAAGGGAUGGUUCUGAGUUCCAUGCAGCACUUCAGUGAGGCCUUCCAUCAGGUCCUUGGAGAGAAGCAUAAACGUGGGCAUUUGUCUGAAUCUGAGGUGCAUAGAGACACUUGCGACGAAGACUCGGUAGCUGGUGAAUCCGAUCGCAUCGACGACGGCGCUAUUAAUGGUCGGGGGUGUUCCCCUGGUGAAUCUGCCUCUGGAGGUUUGUCAAAAAAGCUGCUCUUGGGUAGCCCAAGCUCUCUAAGCCCUUUCUCCAAACGCAUCAAACUUGAAAAGGAGUUUGACCUUCCCGCGACAGCUAUGCCUAACACUGAAAAUGUUUACUCCCAGUGGUUAGCUGGGUACGCUGCUUCUCGGCAGCUAAAAGAUCCAUUCCUCAACUUUGGAGACUCCCGGCAAUCGCCUUUUGCUUCCUCUUCUGAACACUCCUCUGAAAAUGGAAGUUUACGCUUCUCAACGCCUCCUGGGGAGAUGGACGGAGGAAUAUCAGGCCGCAGCGGUACAGGAAGUGGAGGGAGCACCCCGCAUAUUAGUGGUCCAGGCCCUGGAAGGCCUAGUUCAAAAGAGGGCAGACGCAGCGACACUUGUUGGCGUAGUGCCCAGGGGACUCCGGACGUGUGGCAAAUUCCGGAUGGAAACUCAAGGAUGCUUAAAUUCUGAGGGAAUAUGAAACGCAGAGAGGGGAUAUGCGCCACGCGUGUGACAUCCAAGGGGGGCUUUGCUCUCCGGUUGGUUCUUGGGCGCUGUCUGGCUGAGCAGCUUCAGGAGUCGCCACGCAAAAGGCAGGAUCCAACGGAACGCCCCCCCACUGCCUGCUCAAAGGACUCUUUAUUUAUAUAUAUUUUUAUCAGAGUAUAAAAACCGCAUCAUUUAAAAAAAAUCCCUCCAUCAAGGGCUUUCCAUUAUUAGUAUGUUCCCCCCUCUCUUUUACUUGACAAUCUUGUAUGCCAUUUUCUUUCCAAAAUGGCGCUGGGAAUGCAACCUGAGAAACAUGUGGACAGAGUGACCUAGCAAAGAAGUCUACAGUAGACCACAAAAUACAUCUACUCAUACAUUCCUGUGCUGGGCAUUUGUGGUGCAUCAAAAGUGUGACAAAACUUUCCCCAUCCCCCCUCAAAAAAAGGCACAUGGCAAAAGGCCAGCUUUUUGCCAUGUGAAGCCUUUGUUCAAGAUCUUGGAGAGCCACCACUAGACAAAGCAGAGAUUAAUGGGCUAGGUCAGAGGUAGCCUAGAUGGUGCCCUUGAGACAUUUUUGAUAUCCAACUCCCACCAGUGCCAGCAAGCAUGGCCAAUGACCAGGGAUGAUGGGAUCUGGAGCCUGAAAUUAUCUAGAUCCAGCGACAGCUGGUGGCUCCAUGUCAGUGGAGUUUUAGUCUGGGUUUUAGUCUGAACUUUCGAGGAGCUGUCCAAGGUGCUUCAGCUCCUUGAAAGUUCUGACUAAGACCCAGAGCGGAUUCUACUGCCCCGUUGGCAUGGAGCAACCAGCCGCAGCUGUCUAGAGUGCACCAAUGGUCUGGCUCAGAUUAUGGUGAUUCCUUCAACUUUUUACUUGACAGGAGCCAAGAGGAAGAUGGGAUGUCUUCCUGAAGUGCAAAAGUCUUCAGAGGCCAGUGUUAAUGUCAGGAAGCUGCCCACACACUCAGUUUAGUCCCUUCCUACCCCUCACCCUGGACCGGCUGCAGGAAGGGAGGCAAAAUCAGACUGCGAUCUCAUGGCAGCCACUGAUUUGUAGCUGCCACUGCCAUUCAUGAAGGGAGUCAAGUGCAGCAGCACCCAUGAACCUUCCUCGUGCAGCUUUGGUGCUACAAGUCAGUGCAUGGUAGACACUGCAUGGUGGGAAGCACUGUGAGUGUCAGCCUUGGCACCUUGAAGAUACAGGUUUGGUUUGGGUUUUUUUUCUCAUUGGCUGAGACAUAUCCUAGGACUAUUGGCUAUUUGGCCUGUCAAAUAUUGUGACUCAGCCAUCGAUUGGAGAGACUGAGGGAGGCAGGUAAAGCCAACAUCAGAGCCUGCUCCAGUUGAUCUGUUCCCCAGCCCCGACUCACUUUUACAUUUUGCAGUAUAUCAUUUUUUUGUUUUAGCAUUUUUUAAAAAUUGACAACCGUCUUCAGUGCCUUGGCAGAAAGGCAGCGUGUAAAUGCAAUAAAUAAAUGUUUGACCAUGAUCAAGUACUGCAAAAUAUUCCAUAAGAAUACUGGGAAAGGGCUGUAGCUCAGGGGAAGAGGAUCUGCUUCACAGGUGGAAAGUCCCAGGUUUAACCCCCACCGGGAUCUCCAGGCAGGGCUAUUUAUUUAUUUAUUUAUCUUAAUUAUUUAAUUCCUUCAUUUAUAUCCCACCUUCCCCCCCCCCCCCAGAACUGGGAGUCGAGGCGGCUUACAAAAAUUAAAGUUAAAAAACAUAUAAGUAAAACAAAGUUAUAAGUGAAAGGUUAUUUAAACUAUCUGAUUAAAACCAUUUAAAACAUAGCCAUUAAAAAACACAAAAUAAAAAUCAGUAAGACAGCACCCUAUCAAUAGCCAGUUGCAGCCAGUUCCCAUAAGCAUGUCAGAACAGAAGCCGACAGAAGGACAGCAGGGAGGGAGCCAGUCUACCCUCCCCCAGGAAGAGAGCUCCGGAGCCUUGGGGCAGCCACUGAGAAGGCCCUCUCCUGUGUACCCACCAGACGUGCCUGUGAGGGUGGCGGGACUGAGAGACGGGCCUCCCCCAACAACCUCUGUGUGUGGACAGGCUCCUACGGGAAGAUACGGUCCUUCACACAGCCCAGGCCCAAGCCACAUACGACUUCAUAAGAGAUAACCAUAACUUUGAGUUGUGCUUGGAAACAGAUCGGUAGCCAGUGGUGCUGUUGGAACAAGGGAGUCGUGUGACCAGCCCCAGUUAACAAUCUGUCCGCAGCUCUUUGGACCAGCUGAAGUUUCCGAACUGUCUUCAAAUGUUCAUCACAGGCAGCCCCAUGCAGAGUGUGUUACAGAAGUCCAGCAAAGACUCCCUUCCUGAAACCCUGCAGAAUUGCUGCCAGUCAGUGCAGACAAUAUUGAGCUGGAUGGAAUAAUGGUCUGAUUCAGAAUAAGGCAGCAUCCUAUGUCCAGAACAGCCUUUAGGGUCAGCCCUACCAUUAAGCAACCACCUCAGGCAGUUGAUUUGGGAUGUCAUGAGAUGGCAGCAAUUUUUUAGAUCUUUGAUUUAUGAUUGUUUCAUGUUUACUGCCAGGACAUUGCAGUGCGUUGGGGUUCUUUUUUGUUUUGGGUGCCAAAAUCACUUUGCAAGCCUUGGGUAAUAUGUAGCUUGACAUGGGGGAGAGCUGCCAUUUGCUGCAGACAGGAAAAUGUCUGCAGUUUGCCCUUGUGUAAGUAGCAUCUUACUUUUUCAGUGUCACAUUCAUCUGGUUGUAAUGGCAGGAUUGGGGCCCCUGCUGCC